AUGGACGCGCGAACGUUUUGCAGAAAACCUCGCGACUUGGGUAACCUGGCAGUAUCUCAACUCUCGUGCUUCCGUCGGGUGGCAUGGCCGCUAGGCACCGAAAGGAUGAUACAGCUGGACUCAGUGCAACUUAGACAGUUGAUUUUAUCGCGUCCUGUUGCCACAAAAAAAGCAAAGCUCACAAUCGGUUUCUCCCUUCCUGGGGCUCAUCAGGGAGGGCGCAGUCUCCGAGAUUCCGUCAAAUUUAUGUUCUACAUCAGUCCAAAUUGGACAGAUUGCCACAAAUACUCUGAGUUGCAUACGAUUUUUGUUUUGAAAAGAGACUCAACUGAACAGAACCAUCAUAAACGAGAGAUUCAGUUGGAUUCAGUUGAGUCUCCUGUCAAAACCAAAUUACUUAAAAUUCGUGCACCGAGAAGAGAGAGAAUAACAGAAUGGGGCAACGCUCGUAAAAUUGGCCCACCAAUGACAUUCAAUUCAGUGUUCCAUGGGGUUGUCUUGAAAAGUGUUGCGAAACUUCGAUGGAACAAUAUACUGACAAUAAACGUUUUUGUAAAAGAGUAUGAGGAGAUUCCACGAUGGUGCUUGUGGCGUAGGAAAUGUGUAGAAAGCGGAUGGCAUGCCAUCACGGACGUCGUACCCACAGGGGUGCAACUGGUCAUGGGCUGUCGAAGAGUUUUCAGCAACCUUGUGAGUAGUAUGUUGCGCCUAUACAAGUAUCGCGAUAUCUCGAAUAUCGUACCAACUGAAACAUGA